AUGGCACGGAAAAACUUGGUUUUGUUAUUAUUAUUGGGGUUGGCCGUGGCUUCCACCGCCGAGUACCGCCGCCCACCGCGGCGGAGGGAGCUUUCGCAGCCGCUGAGGAGAGAACUCGAUGACGUUGAAUCAACUUCUCCCCAGCAGGUGCACAUAUCUUUGAGUGGUGCGAACCACAUGAGAGUCUCAUGGAUCACUUCAGAUCCAACUCCAUCAGUUGUGUACUAUGGCCCAGGCCCAAUUCUAGGCCCAGGAUCGAACUCCCUCUCAUCCACCGGAAGUUCCAACCAAUACAAGUACAUGCUGUAUCAAUCCGGACACAUACACGACGUCGUCGUCGGCCCAUUGGACCCAAAUACAGUGUAUCACUACCGCUGUGGCUCACCUUCCUCCGAUGAGCUCACCUUCAAAACUCCCCCAUCACAAUUUCCCAUCAAAUUUGCUGUCUUAGGCGACCCGGGUCAAACCGAGCACACGAACUCAACCCUAGACCACGUAUCGAAAUCAAACUACGACGUGUUGUUAUUACCGGGCGACCUCUCGUACGCGGACUUCUACCAACCUCGGUGGGACACGUUCGGGCAUCUCGUGCAGCCGCUCGCCAGCACCCGGCCGUGGAUGGUCACUCAAGGUAACCACGAAAUCGAGUCAAUCCCUCUACUGCACAAGGAGAAGUUCACCUCGUACAACGCGAGGUGGGCCAUGCCACAUGGCGAGAGCGGGUCCCCCUCCAACUUGUUCUACUCUUUCGAGGCAGCCGAGGCCCACGUGCUCAUGCUCGGGUCGUACGCGGAUUUCGAGCCGGGGUCGGAACAGUACAGAUGGCUCGAGUCGGACCUGAGGAAAGUGGAUCGAGGCAGAACCCCGUGGCUUGUGGCCGUGGUGCACGCGCCAUGGUACAACACGAACGAGGCCCAUCAAGGAGAGUACGAGUCGAGCGGCAUGAGGAAGUCCAUGGAGGAUUUGCUCUACCGGGCUCGUGUGGACGUGGUUUUCGCGGGCCACGUUCAUGCGUACGAGCGCUUUGUGAGGGUGUACAACAAUAAAGCCGAUGAUUGUGGGCCGGUCUAUAUAACGAUUGGAGAUGGGGGGAAUCGCGAGGGUCUUGCUAACCGGUACAUGGAUCCACAGCCCGAUAUAUCUGCGUUUAGAGAGCCAAGUUUUGGGCAUGGGCAACUCUUGAUACAAAAUGGGACCCACGCCUUGUGGACGUGGCAUAGAAAUGACGAUGAUGUGGAAUUUGCAUCUGACCACAUUUGGUUGACAACUCUUACAUCAGUUUCCAAGUGUUCCUAG